CUAGUAGCCAUGCACAAGCAUCAGUAUCUUCCUCCACAAAUGACUAUUCAGAUAUCAUCCUUCCCAAGCCGGUCUCCCGCAAGAAGGUUCGCCACGUCCAGAUCCAGACCCAGCAUUGCAUCAUGCGACCCGUUCAUACUCAGACAGAGCCCAUUAAGGAUUUCGUGUGCGAUCUCGAGCCAAAAGCAUGGGUCUGUUCUUCAUCCGGCCUCAUCAGCCAUCACAGCACCUUGAAAGUGUCGUGCGAUGCUGGAACCUCGACCAGCGAUGUCACAUCAUUGACGCAAGCUAGUAGCAAAUCUUGUUCAUCACCUCACAAAAGGAAUUGCUCGUGCGGGGGAGAAAAUAGUAAUGAACAACUUACUGCUGAAGCUAAGACUGCGGUCUUAAACAGCACGGCUACUAGUCCUACUUCCCCAGUAUCGCCUUUCAUAUCCUCUUCCCUACCAGGACAAAGCAUUGAGGAUAAUAAUAUUAAUACCGGCACAAACACAAGCCCUAAAUUGAGCGACGCUAUGGCAACAGCGACUAUUAACGCUGAUAGCACACCGACAUCAAUGUCUUGUACUGUAUCCAUGGAAUCCAAUGAAAUUGUCCAACUUCGUCAACAAAACGCCCUGUUGCAAGCCCAACUCGCAUCGCUGCAACGUGACCUCGUUGCAGAAACCAGGGCACGGAUGCGGACAGUAAUUGCGAUGCAAGACACUCGUGAGAAAUUUGAGAUGCUUUCAGCUAUGGCAUACAAGAAACUGAAGGAAAUGAUUUUCCAGCGUCAUGUCCUCGAAAUGAAGGUCCGUGAACUUCGUGCACAAGUGGAUGUACAGUCAUCUCAAGGAGGAAUGUUGCUCAGACACGAACAAAUGCAAUUACAACAGCUAGCUCAGUUUCAGUAUCAAGCGGCUACUUAGCUUUCGACGUAGCAAUUAAUAUUAUAUUUUCGAGACACUGCAAAAUAAAC